GAGAGAGAGAGAGAGAGAGAGAGAGAGAAGGGAGAGAAAACUCUAAAACGUCGAGAAAACUAUGAUCGUUGGAAAUUUAAAAAUCUUUCCAAUACAAAAAGGAGAAAGAAGUAGAUACCUACGAAUUUUCAUUCAGCAUGGUCUUUUGCUGUGAAUCUCGUGUACGUAAUUCGAAAAAAGGAAAAGAGAGUGUGUGUGUGAGAGAGAGAGAGAGAGAGAGAGAGAGAGAGAGAGAGAGAGAAGCUAAUUUGAAUUCGACACAAGAGAAAGAAAAAUAUAAGCAAACGUUUUCUUUGCGUCGACAAGUAAUACUUAUAUUGCGAAUGACGGUUGUUCUUUGAUUCAAUGAGAGGUACGUACGUUAUCCUUUUACUCUCUCUUUUUCUCUCUUUAUACAUUCUUUAGCUAUUUAUCGAUACUAUCUUCGUUGUCGCCUUUUCUUCAAAACAUUUCUCCUAUUUCCGUUCCUCUUAAUAUAUAAAAUUCCUAUUCUCUUCCUCUCUUAUGACAGCUAUGUAUGCUCGCAAAUAAAAGAAAUAACAAACUAUAAUAACACAGAGAAAUGAAGAAACUCAUUAUAAAAGAAACGAUCGAAGAGUAAUAGGAGAAGUAACAAGAACAGUGCCGGUAGACAGCCAGCUGUAGAAGACGCGCACGGCCCUGAUUUUCGCGAAACACCCAAGGAAGCGCAUCAAGCCGAACGGAGAGUCUUGUCAGCGCGUUGCAUGCGUUUUCAAACACUUCCCGGUCCACGGUGUUACGCAAUAUUCCACGUAAAUACAUAACACAUUUUCCCGAAUAGCGUACUGACGAGGGAUAUUGGUUUUGUGUGUCGCCUUCUCUCUCUCUCUCUCUCUCUCUCUCUCUCUCGUACAUAGAUACAUAGGACAUACGUAUGCACACACGCUUUCUCUCUCUCUCUAUACCCCUUCCCCCCUCUCUCUUUCAUAUCCCAUUCUCCCUCCUUGUCUCUCCCGCGAUACCGGAGGCAACACGCACUACCAACACGUAAAAAGAACCCUUUUCCCAGGCCGCCACCGCACCAUCGUCGUCAACGUCGACUUAGACGAUAUCAUCGUUGCCGUUGUCCUCGUCCUCGUCCUCGUCCUCGUCCUCGUAGCUGUCUCGUAUCGUAUCGUAUCGUGUCGUCGUUGUCGUUGUCGUUGUCGUUGUCGCAGUGUGCGGUAAAAAGCGAAAGUUUUUUUCUUUUUAUUUCUAUCAAACCAACCGGAGAGAAGCUUUCUUCUUCUUUUUCUUCUUUUUCCUCUUUCUCCUCCUCCUCCACCUCCUCCUCCUUCUCCUCCUCCUCUUUGCUUCUUUUCUGCUGCUUUUUCUUCUUUUUCUUGCUCCUCUUGUACGAAGGACGGGCGUCCGGUCUUCUCUCGCGAAAUCGAACCGGAAUUUCUGUCUCUACCUCCUACCCUAACGCUUAUUUCUCUUUAUACUUUCUUAGAACCAUCGAAAUCGCGUUGUGUGCGUAAACAGACACGAGAGAAUGCACAUUUUCGCAAUUACACGUCGAGCUACCGAAAGAAUUACCGCGCUAUCCGCCGAAAAUAGUAGAAAAUGCGAAAAACAUACCCGCACUGUACGAAGGUACAAGGCAAACUAUUGGAUUUUGUAUGGCAAACAAGGAACCGAUUGGCCGCCUAGCGGGACGGGGAAAGUUGACGAAUCAAAUGGUGGGGGAUAUCGAAAAGGAGUAGGAGCACUCGUACAGGAGCGUAUCAUAGGGUAUGCGAGUAGUGUACUUCGAGCCGUUAUAGAAGUACUUCUGCCCCUUUCGUUAACACUCCCUUCUCAUCUUUGCCACUCCUUUUUCGUCCUUUACCAUUUCUCUUAUGGAUUUAUCCCUCUAAAGAUUGCGUAGCCUCAAAAUAUGUAUAUCCAACUUAUUUCUAGAUAAUUCAGCAAACUUAACGAAACAAAAUUUUAAUAUUUACUACUAAUGAACUUAAUAUAAGAACAAAUAAUUAUGACAUAUUAAUUUCUCAAAUACGAUAAUUGAACAUGCACGAAAUACAGUAUAUCUGAAUGUCGUUUUUAUUAUUAGAACCAUAUUUUGACAGAUUUAAUAUUUCUCUUCGCGAUCCGCAUUUAAUGACGAUAAAUAAUGAACGUUUUGUUUUUAUAUGAGAAUGCAUCGUCAAUUUCGACGUGAUCAUCCAACGUUGACUCGACUUUGAUAUGACUCAACUUCGUCACAAUUAUAGAACGAAAGUUUGUCCAAAUUUUGUAGAAAAAUUGAGAGAGGAAGAUUAACAAUAAUUUAUUUCUUGUUAGUAAAUGCAUAGAUAUAUCGUUAUUAUAAUCAUAAUUAUUGUCUACUUGAUAUGGCGAUCGCAAUGAUUAAUAUUCUUUUUGAAUAUAUGAAGACAAUAAAAUCGUAUCUUUGAAAAAAAGAUGACACGGCCCUGGUAAUCGUGGCGGCGAAGCCGCCAAGAUGCGUGCGCAUCGCACGAGAUAUCCAAGCGUCGACCCAUUCCCCUUUCCCACCCGCCUCUCCGAGAAGUCGCCAUCUUCGUGUUCCAACAGCUGUUCCAAAAAGCGAGCGAACUCCCCAUUGUAAUGUGGGUCAUGAAAACUGCGCAAAACCCCGUACGUUCAUGAAAAAUGACGCGCGUUUAUGGAAAAAUGCGUGUUCAGUUAUGAAAAUUUUUUUUCAAUUUAAAUACUAAGUAACGAACACAUCGUAUCUAUCUCUGAACCAUGGAUUGCCACGGUAAAUGUGCGAUUUGGCAGACGUUGCGUAUCUGUCAACGAGCUUGACUGGUUCUGCGACGAGAGACCCGGCCGUUGAUUGGUCGACUUUGUUUCAGCAGGUCGAUCUACGGCGCGCAAGUCUCAAAAUACGAAGCGAAUACAGCUGAACGCUAAAACGACAAGUUAUAUGCUCCUGUACCUUUUCUUUCUCUCUCUUUUUCUUUGACUUCCCUUUAUCCAUAAACAUUGACAAAGUGGCACCUAGCGGAUAUGUGCAUCGCUUGGUACCACAUGGCACCGAUAUUAACGUUGCGUUCACGCCGCUAAAUUCUAACCUCUAAUUUGUUUAGACUCGAUUAUGAACAAUUAGAGGAAGUAGAUUAAUAUAAAACAUAGAAGUGUUUAGAGAAUAUUUCACUAAGGCAAUAUUUAAUGAACCAAAAAUAAAAAGUUUAUUUAUUGGACAUACUUAUAUUACAUAUAUAUUUAUAUAUAUACAUGGCAUAUAUAUUUAUAAAAAAUGUUUAAAAAUAUUGUUGUGGGUAUAUCUGGAGGAGUAGAUAGCGCUGUGACAGCAUUGUUACUUAAAGAGAAAGGAUUUAAUGUUACGGGUGUUUUUAUGAAAAAUUGGGAUAUAUUAAACGAAAAAGGAGUAUGUCUCGCUGAAAAAGAUUAUAAAGAUGCCAAAAAAGUUUGUGAAAAACUUGAUAUUCCAUUAUUUCAAGUGAAUUUUGUCAAGGAAUAUUGGAAUGAUGUUUUUAGCAACCUUUUGGAGAAAUAUCAAUCUGGUUAUACACCAAAUCCUGAUAUUUUGUGUAAUAAAAAUAUAAAAUUUGACCAUUUUAUUCAUAUUGCACAAACUAAAUUUCAUGCAGAUGCAGUAGCAACUGGACAUUACGUAAAAACUAGUUUUGGACCCUAUCUUGAAAAUUUUAAACCACAUACUGAUGUACUUAUGUUACAAGCAUUAGAUGCUAAUAAAGAUCAAACCUUCUUUUUAUGUCAAGUGUCACAACAGUCAUUAAGGCAUUGUAUGUUUCCGCUUGGAGAAUAUUUAAAAAGUGAUGUGAAAAAAAUUGCUAGAGUAGCAGGAUUAACUGAAAUAGCUGAAAAAAAGGAGAGUAUGGGUAUAUGUUUUGUUGGAAAGCGUGAAUUUCAACAUUUUAUUUCUGAGUAUAUAGAAAAUAAAGAUGGCGAUAUUGUUAGUUUAGACAAUGGUAAAAUAAUUGGAAAGCAUCAAGGUAUCCAUCAUUGGACCAUUGGUCAGAGAUGUAAAAUAUCUGGAUUGGAUGAUGCAUAUUUUGUAUUUCAAAAAGACCUUCAAACAAAUGUUAUAACUGCAGUAAAAGGAACAAAUCAUCCAGCUUUAUACUCAGAUCUUGUAGUUGUUCAAAAUCCACAUUGGAUUGUCAAUGAACCACUAGAACUAACAGAUAAUGAACGUAUUUUGAUUUGUAAUUUUCGUUUUCAACAUAGAAAUCCACUCAUUAGUUGCAAAAUAUUUAAAACAUUAAAUAAUCAAUUGAUUAUCCAACUUUCCCAACCUUUAAGGGCUAUUACAAUAGGACAAGAACACUCUGCUAUUAACCGGAUAGACCCUGGUUAGAAGUAUUAAUGAGCUACCGAGAGCUAAUUUAACAGGAGCUUGUUGCCCACCAGGUAGUUUGAUGAAUACUGUAGCUACAGCCGCAACACCAUCAUUAGUUGGUUCUACUGCAACUGGUCUGACAUCAUUGUGAAAACUUAUAGCUCUAUUACGUCUAUUCUUGCGUUGUGGUGAACUUGGACUACAAUUAUUCCCAUCUCGAUCGUAAAGAAUAGUAACUGUAGCAAAUGGCCUCUUAGCCAUAUGUAACAUUUCGACGACAUGUCUUCUCCGCGCUCUACGUACAUCAGCUGCCUGUUUAGUUUUCCAUGCUACAACACAAGCAGCUAAGAAAAGAAAGAAACAAGAAAAAAAAACCGA